AUGUGCAACAGCCUGCCGGAUUGCCAGGGCUUUGACUUCGUCUACCGAGACUUGUCGCAGAACUGCGACUGUGUCAUGCGCAUGGGCCGCGCCUUCGACGAGGCUGACGGCCUAAUGUCAAGAGUUCGAGAAGCUCUUUAUCCCAGUCUCAUGAGUACCAAUGUUGUUGUUGUUGUUGUUGUAGGUCAAACCCUUGUACCAGACGGAGACUGUACAGGAAAUGCAGGUAUUUGCCUUUGGCCAGUGGAUUUAUGUAAUCUUUUGCUCCAUCGAAGAUGCACCGACCGCUUUUGGACUUGCACACGAACGGGAGUCUAGAAGAUGUGAACCUCACAUGGCAGGAGUGCCAUGGAGGUGGAGUGCAAGGACGGGCACGGCACGUCCGUCGCACCAGAUUCAAUCAGGUUCACUUGGAACAAUGGUUUGGAUUGCAGAACUGACAGCGAAACCAAUGGUUUGGAUCCUUGUGUUCAUUUGCCUUUAUCCAACUCUAUCGCUUCUCUCCGUCCUUUCGAAGAUGGGUACCA